AUGGCGAAAGCACAGACAUUCGAAGACAAGCUUCAAACUUGCAUCGCCGGAUCACUGCGCGAAGAGUACCCGUACACGCACACAUCCACCAUCAACAAUGCCUCGAGCCUCGCAGCCGGCGCAGCGGAGAGAGCAGUGCUUUGGGAGAAGAGGCAGAUUGAGCGUCAAGGAGUACGUCCUCUCGACUUCAUGGACCUGCCACCUGAGCUCCGCAGCAGGAUCUACGAGAUGGUGCUGCGGUUCGACCACUUUGGCGACAGAGUCAUACAAUUCGACCAGACGCCAAUGUUCUGGUUUGAGAUUAAACCGGGUUACCGUCAUCCAGCUUGCCAGCCGGCUAUCACAAGGGUGUCUCGUCUGCUGCGGGAAGAGACGUUGAAGAUGUUCUACAGCAUCAACACUUUCUCCAUCAGCCUGCCAGAGGCUUUCGCUACGCUGGAGGCUGGCAGGAAGCCAGAAUUCGAGCAAUGGCUGGAGGGGAUUGGCGAGACGAAUGCUGCCAGGGUUGGGCGUGUCAUCUUGCGUUGUACUCGGAGCGGUUGUUGUCCGGACGUAGAUGCGACGCGGCUGCGCAUCUAUCUGGGUGACAUGGAGGCGUUGACCCGUAUUGAGCAGGUGAUGCGCGUUGCUGUGAUUGAUCAUGACGGGACUACGCAGUAG